CUUCGAGAGAGCAGCAUCAUGUCUGGCAGAGGCAAGGGCGGAAAGGGGCUCGGCAAAGGAGGCGCCAAGCGUCACCGUAAAGUUCUUCGCGAUAACAUCCAGGGAAUCACCAAGCCGGCUAUUCGCCGUCUGGCUCGCCGUGGUGGUGUUAAGCGUAUUUCCGGUCUGAUCUACGAAGAGACUCGCGGUGUGCUGAAGGUGUUCCUGGAGAACGUGAUCCGCGACGCCGUCACCUACACCGAGCAUGCCAAGAGGAAGACGGUCACCGCCAUGGAUGUGGUGUACGCCCUGAAACGCCAGGGACGCACCCUGUACGGCUUCGGCGGUUAAACGCUCCAACACCGAACGACGCGAACACAACGGCUCUUUUAAGAGCCACCCAAACAU